GCCCCCCACCUUCUUCUGUUUUAAUUAUAUUUUAUUUGUUUUUCUAGCCGGGUCGCAAGAUUAUCUUAACCCUAACUCCUCUCCCUUAAAACCCAUCUUCUUGAACAUCAAGCCAAGAGCUUCCUUUCCCUCUUGGCUUUCUUGUCCGUCCUUUGCUGCUGCUGCUGCUGCUGCUGAGAAGAGAAGAAGCCCUUCUCUUCUAAUUUCAAGAUCAUAGAGUAGGCAAUUAUGCUUCCAGGCAACGGGCAGCUCACCGUGCCUCCGGGCUUCCGAUUCCACCCAACAGAUGAGGAACUCCUCUACUAUUACUUGCGGAAGAAAGUGGCCUAUGAAGCUAUAGAUCUUGAUGUUAUAAGAGAUGUGGAUCUUAACAAACUCGAACCAUGGGAUCUUAAAGACAAGUGUAGAAUUGGAUCCGGGCCUCAAAAUGAGUGGUACUUCUUCAGCCACAAAGACAAGAAAUACCCAACCGGAACACGCACCAACAGGGCGACAACUGCCGGUUUCUGGAAAGCAACAGGGAGGGAUAAAUCUAUCCACCUCAGCAACUCAAAGAGGAUUGGCAUGAGGAAAACCCUAGUCUUCUACACCGGGAGAGCACCUCAUGGCCAGAAGACUGACUGGAUCAUGCAUGAGUACCGCCUUGAUGAUGAAAGUACAGAGGUCCAGGAAGAUGGAUGGGUUGUUUGUAGGGUAUUCAAAAAGAAAAACCAUCAGCGCGGCUUCCCUCCCGAAGCCAUACUCGAAGAUGACCUGCUUGAUCCCUUGAGGGCAAACGGGUAUGUUUCCAUGGAGCAGAAGCAGAACUUCCAGCUGCCGUGCAACUUCUCCUUUGACAACAGCAUGCAUCUUCCGCAGCUGCUGAGCUCUGAAUCCACCAUCCCUCCUCUCAUGUCUCCGGUCUCCAUGAACGCUCUCGACCUCGAGUGCUCCCAGAAUCUCAUGAAGCUGACAUCGGGUAAUGGUGGAGGGCAUCUCCCACACGAGAGGUUCACUGGAGAUUGGUCAAUCUUGGACAAGCUCCUUGCGUCCCACCAGAACCUGGACCACCUCAUCCAGAGCAAAUGCAACCCAUUAUCUCAGCUCAUGGACAUGGGUUCAUCAGUUCAAAGGUUCCCAUUGCAGCAUCUUGGCUGUGAGGCUGACCUCUUGAAAUUUUCUAAGUAAGAUCGCUCCUGAGUUAUUUUGUUUAAGAAGGGUGUUAACUAUGUCUGGUGGUUUGAGGGUUUAAAUGUAUAUAUAUGCAUUUGUUUGGGCCAAGAUCUUUUUCUAGUGGUUUUAACAAGGAUUUUAUAUCUGCAUUUGGUCUAAAUCGUGCAGGCUAGGAUACUCCUAGGGCUUUUCAAAGAACCUUGCCCUCUUUUUUGCUCCUUUUUUUCGCUUCCUUUUCUGCUAUGAUCCUUGCCUUUCCUUAAGACGCUAUUGUGUCUUAUUUCUAGAUGCUAAAAGAAAUUAGCUAUUUCCUUC